AUGCGCAGUUGGGUUCCAUUCGUCGCAGCUCUUGCUGCCCUAUCACCAGCAACUGCAUCUCCCACUUCCAUGGAUCAAUGGGAUGUACUCGCUGGAAAAGCCCUGGGAAAUCAAAUCCUGUAUCACUACACAAACCCGGAAGCCAGCAGCACCUGUACCCCUUACACCGCGUCGGCUCGCAGAGAAUGGGGGGCUCUAUCCAAGAAAGAACGACGAGACUACAUCGAUGCCGUUCUCUGUCUAUCCUCUAAGCCUUCAAAGUCCGACCCCUCCUUCGCUCCUGGGGCUCGUUCCCGCUACGAUGACUUCGUAGCUGUGCACAUCAACCAGACGAUGUUCAUCCAUUCAACGGGCAACUUCCUAACCUGGCACCGCUACUUCACCUGGGCCUACGAACAAGCCCUACGAAACGAAUGCGGCUACACAGGCUCCCAGCCCUACUGGGCCUGGAACAAAUACGCCGACGACCCAGUCAACUCGCCCAUCUUCGACGGCUCAGAAUACAGCAUGUCAGGAGACGGCGCAUUCGUCCCCCACAAUGCCACCGAGGCGGCACCCGGAAUCUUCCUCCAGCCUUCGAAUGGAGGCGGCUGCGUCAAAUCCGGUCCCUUCAAGAAUGAACCUCGGCCCCCUCCUCCCAAGUCUCAAGAUCCCAGGCCUGGUCGCCCAAAACGGCACCGGCCUGAACUAUAA